AUGGCCACCAUUCAUCAUCCAGAACUGGGCAAAUUUCGCGUAACCUCUACAAAGGGAGUAAUCCAGUUUCUAGGUGUAAAGUAUGCAACCUUAAGGAACCGAUUUGGAGAGCCUGUGCUGCAUAAUGGUGCAGGAGCAUCAAGUGACAACGUUGCCACUGAACAAGGACCGUGUUGUAUUAAUGCCCCAGAUGCCUGCGAAAGGGAAUUCGAUCUCAUCCAGCAGAAACUUCCUUUAGACGCAGAAUUUCAGAUGUCCGAUACUGAAUGUCUGAGGUUGAAUAUCACAACCCCUGAAGUCCAAGCUCUUAGACCUCUUCCAGUUCUAGUUUUCGUUCAUGGAGGUGCUUUGAGAACAGGCUCAGGAACCUGGCCGCAGUACGACUUUAGAUCUUUAGUAAUGCAAUCGGUCCAGGUAGGCAGCCCUUUUAUUGGUGUAUCCAUGAACUAUCGGACAAGUAUUUUCGGGUUCUUGACCUCGGUAGAACUCCGUGCAGCAGGCUUCAAGCCUAACAGCGGUCUUCGUGAUCAGAAAGUGGCUUUUGAAUGGAUUCAAAAAUAUAUUCAGGGUUUUGGGGGAGACCCAAGCCAAGCGACGGCUCUUGGUCAAAGUGCUGGCGGUGCAUCCUUGACCCUCCUGCUGCAGUCUGAGGAGGCUCUCUUUCAGCAUUUGGUGAUCAUGUCCGGAACUUGUCUACUUCUAAGACCAGUCUCAGGGGAAGUCCACGAGGCAAUCUAUCAGGAGUUCUGUGAAGCCCAAGGCUUAGACAAGAUGCCAGGUCAAGAGCGCAUCAAGGCGAUAGAAGAAUUGGACAGUUUCCACUUAUUCUCAAACACACCUCCUAGUAUCCCUCCUCUACCAAUGAUAGAUGGAGAUAUCGUCAAAGUCGCACUCACGUUUGAUGAUAUCGAGCAGUGGUCUACACACGGAAGUUCAAGUAUCCCAGGACUCGGAUGGUGUAAGGAACUUCUCAUUGGGGACUGCCAGAUGGAUGGACAUAUUUACCAGCUCGCAUUAAACCAUCGCAAACGAGGAAUUGCCAGAGCCUUUGAAGAAUCCCUAAAAAGGAGUUGUUCGCAUCAAGAUGAUGCAGUUAUCUCACUCUUCUCAGAUUAUCAGAUCAAUGAAUCCAUAUCCGACGACGACGCUUUUUGGAACAUCCCUACUUAG